AUGUCCGACCCCAAGGAUAACCGUAACCCCAAGGAAUCCGUCCGCUCGACUGGUUUCUUCCCAAACCCGACCCAACCACCAAAGGAAGCCGUACCCGACGCGCCGGGCGCAGGUGCGGCUCGUCCCGACCUAUCAGGCAUAAUCGCAGACGAGGACAACUUCACUACCAUCGUCCGGGAUGGCCAAACCAUCCGAUACCGCCCUGCAGCGACACCUUCACGCGAGCCAUCCACUUCGACUUCGAGCACGAGGGAGCCCACUAGCGCCCCACGCCCAAUUCCUUCCGUUAGUCCUACCAGGUACAGCUAUGUCCCUUCUAGAACGCCAGCACUACCCUUCAGUCUGCUGACUUCAGGAAGUACGGUUUCAAGCUCGUCCGACUCCGUACCGGAACAGGCGCGGCCUACACUCAGCGCGGACGCAGCUUCUGCGAGCGAGAGCAGUUCCAGCGCCGUUCCGGAAGAUGCGGCAACCAUCAGCAGCAGCGGCUUCAACCAGGCCUCUCCUACCCUUUCGGCUAAGGCGUCUUCGGUCAAUCGGUCAUCCUCAUCCUCGAUCAUUCCCAGUAGCUCUUCCGUCCAGGUGGUACCUUUGGCGGCGAUCGAAUCAAGCUCUGUCGUGCCAAGCAGUCUCGUCCUGACGUCCACCAUCGCACCUGUACCUCCAUCUACCCUUCCACUCGCAGCUCCCUCUCCCUCCGGAGCACCACCUGCCUUGACGCCAGAUCCCGCGGUCCGCCCAUCGUUCUCAUCCUCUUAUAUACCACCCCUCCCGACCGAUAUCACCGCCGCCGCGAACGAUGGAGACAAUGGCUCUUCCGUCAACAAGGGCACGGCGGCAGGCGCGAUCGCCGGUAGCCUGCUUGGGUGCUGUGCGCUCAUCGCGCUCAUCCUGUUGGGGAUCAGAUGGUUUAAGCGCCGAAAGCAGAGCGAUAGGGAGGCGUUGCUGCGGUCGAGCUGGUUCUACGGGGGAGAUACCGAGAUCCCAGAUGAUGAUGACGGAGACAGACAGGAUCGCAUGUACCGCCAAUCCCACUUCUCCACUCCGUCCAUCUAUCGACAAUCAGCCAAUCGUUUUUCACACUUUGCCGCUUCCUUCGCCACACUCAACCCCCUCAGCCACGCCAACCGUAAUACCGGUCGAUUCCCUCGCAUAAACCCUCUGGGGGCAGGUGCACCCGCCAUGCGGCAGCGACAAGGGUACAAUCCAACGGUGGACGUGCCGCCGCCACUCCCAGCGGGUCCGUCGGGUCAAGGAGGCUGGGCGAGCCGUUUCUUUGCCAACCAGUCUGAAUCGGUGCCAGUCAGAAAUGAGGCGCAGGAAGGCUGGGGUCAGCCCCUACCAGUCCCUGGUCUUUACCCUGGCGGGACCGGGGCUCAACAACCCAAUAUGAUCGCUCGCGGCUCCCCAGCGCUACGACCUGCGGUCAAACACCCCUUCGCGGCCUCCCCUGCAGCCAGCGAGGAAGCACAAUGGGGUCACUCGUACUCGCCCUCAUACAAUCACCUCUCCCCAACCCCUCCAGCAGGGCGCCUUUCCCCUCCAUCUAAGUCAUCCACCUCACCAACCCGAGAUCCCCUCGUCCGUAAACCUGCCUCCUCCUCAUCAGCGUACUCUGGGCUGGACGACUUCCCGCUCCCGCCCGCCAUCUUCCACCCCGCUCCGCGCACCUCGGGCUCGAGCCAACCCAGCAUGGAAUACCUCGCAUCCACACCUACCACCGAUCUCACUCCCUAUGGCGCCCAGGCGGCCCUCCUCGCGCAGCUAUCGGGCAUGCAGCGACCUCUGACAGAGACGGGCCGAGACCAUAUCUAUCUCCCGCCGGUACAUACCGAGCCUCCGCUUACGCUCGAUUCCAGCCUUUGGGGCCUCGACCCAUCGUGCGGGGUCAGCCUUGCGGAGACCCAGAGCGUCUAUUCGACCAACACCACCCUCUUCCCCGGUAUCACUAUAUAUCAGCAGCCCCAAACUGCGUCCGGACGGGGAGAGACGAUGUUCUCAACGGCAUCGAGUGAUAUCCAGCCACUUCAGCGCAGUGGGUCGGGCGAGACAACGCAUACCCGCUCAAGCUACCAAAGCGGGACGAGCGGGGUCUGGACCAGUGGCGACGGGACGGCGCAGCAGCACGGAGCCGGAAGCAGGGAGACGAGGGAGUGGUACAAUCAGCCAGAAUGGGAUGAGGCUCUAGCGAGGAAUGCGGGUCAGGCGGCCGGGAUGGUGGCGAGGAAGAGCGUCAAGAGCGUGCGGUGGGAGGAUGGGAAUGGCUUGGUGGACGAUGGGAUGCCUAGGGCGCUGUAG